AUGGUUCCUCCCUACGGUGUGCCUCCUCGUGUGGAGGAAUGGUUCCUCUAUCAGAACCAAAGAUUACGGGCAGUUGAACUUAGGCAGGUUUUCAUGAGAUUGGGACCUACUUUUGUAAAAGUCGGCCAGAGCUUGUCCACCAGGCCGAAUUUGUGUCCACCCUCAUACCUCGAGGAGCUCUUCGAAUUGCAGGUGCCGUUUACUUUGAAUCAAAGAAUUUUGACCUGUGUCUGGAUAGAGUUUUUUGCUAGCAUGUUUGGAAUCUUCAUCGCCGUUAUUGUGAUGGAGAGGGAUGCUUUGCCAACUUUUCCAGAUGAAGAAGCAUUUACAUGUAUCGAGAGAGAGUUGGAACUUCCACUUGAUUCUGUUUAUUCAUCAAUAUCUGCUUCUCCAAUUGCUGCCGCCAGUUUAGGUCAAGUGUACAAAGCUUAG